AUUUGUGAUUCAGAUGAAUUAAAGACAAAAGAAUUAAAGAAAUAUGGAGAUGAAGUGAUAGGAAUUUGUAAAAGGUAUAUAACAUAUUUAGAAAAAUAUGAAUCAUGGAAUAUUUCAAUUCCUGAAAACCAUAUGUGCACACUAUUAAAUUAUUGGUUUUACAAUGCAUUAGUUAAUAUUUUGGGUUCUGAUAAUUAUUCUACUAUUGUUCAAGCUUUUGGUACACUCCUACGGAGAUGGAGUCAUAUUGAUGAUAAAGAAUUAUCUAAGUCUCUCAAAAAUAAAUGUGGAUAUUAUUUUAAGUUGCCUCCCAAGGAUGACUGGCAGAAAAGAAAAGAAUUGUAUGAAUAUUAUCUUGAUUAUACCACGAUAAAAAGUCUAAGCUCUGAUAUUUCAAAGUGCGAAUCAUAUUAUGAAUAUAUUCAAAAAAAGGCAGAAUUAUAUGAACACUUUGAGAAAGUGUGUUUACCAAGAACAAGCAAUUGUCCAGAUUUCUAUGAUGAGUGCAUGCCUUACAAACCGGAUAAUGUGCUAUCUUCUUUUCCAUGUUACGAUGAAAUGCAAAAGCAACAACAUGCUGCAAAAUCUCCUAAAAUCCUGAAUAAUCUAACACACACACUACAGCCUGAAAAUGGUAUAGUUACUGCUGGUCUUCAAGCAUCUGCAGAAACUAUUCAACACACACAGUCAACAUCUGAAUCAUCCGAUAUUAGAACAAAAAUUUCUGAUUCAAUUCUUGGCACAGCUCCAGUUUUGUUAACUGCCACUAUGUUAUAUAGAGUAUGUAUAUAUUUUGUAAACAUAUAUCAUUAUAGUACGAGCAUGUAA